AUGAAAAAAUCGGAGGUGAAGCGGUUUGAAGAAGAAAAACACAAAGAGAAGACGACGACGAAUCAGAGGUCGAACGAGGAUCCAUCUAGCCAUCUCGAGGAUUUUGUCGGAGCAGACUUGGCCGGAGUAAAUAUUCAAACAGUCGUAGGAGAUCACGUUGGAAAAGAGAAGACGACGACGAAUCAGAGGUUGAACGAGGAUCCAUCUAGCCAUCUCGAGGAUUUUGUCGGAGCAGACUUGGCCGGAGUAAAUAUUCAAACAGUCGGAGGAGAUCACGUCGGAAAAGAGAAGACGACGACGAAUCAGAGGUUGAACGAGGAUCCAUCUAGCCAUCUCGAGGAUUUUGUCGGAGCAGACUUGGCCGAGAGGUCCGAAGAAACAGAGGUUGAGGUGAAACAAAGGUCCGAAGAAGAAAAACGCAUGGAUUCAACAAACACUGGUCUUUCAGAGUUGGCAACAUUCAUCAAUAACUCUGGUCAUGAAGAAAACCAUACCGUUAAGAAGACACUACGCAUGCUUCGCAAUUUGCUCAAGAAAACGGCACGUGAAAGCUAUUCCCUCUCUGGGAAGUACUUUUUUGGAUUUCCUUCAAACGAGCUUCAUAUUAAUCUCGGAACGGGUAUCCAACUGAGUCGAGGUUUGUUUAGAUCAUUAAGGGUCACCCAAGAUGGGUUGUAUCUAAAUGCAGAUGUAAUGACCAAAUGCUGCCAUCAACCAAUCCAUUUGACUCAAUUUAUCAGCAACCAAUUCGUUAACAUUUGCGUCCCUGCCAAGGCACUCACUUAUCAAGAACGUUCCAAGGUGGAAAAACUCAUUACUGGUUUGGAAAUUGAGCUGACGUAUUUGCCUGCAGCCAGUGCCGGCUCUUGGGGUGUGCCCAAGCACAGGGACUAUAAUUUAUCUAAGCCGGGCCUGCCUGCAGCAAAGAAGGCAGUUAUUAAAGGACUUUCGUUUGAUCCCAUCGGUCUGCUCACAUUCAAAUUAGCUAAAAGAGGCAGUGAAGUGAGAUUCGUGGACUUUUUUCGUAAACAAUAUAAGCGUAAAGUGACUUAUCUACAUCUUCCUGCAAUCCAAAUUGGGGCUGGUGAAUACGUGCCUAUGGAGUUCUGCCGUAUAGCUAGUGGCCAGCCGUACACACAACGUCUUAGUGAGCAGGCAUUCCGUCUUAGUCGAGAGCAAGCGAAGAAUUUCCGAAGUGCUUCUGUCAUAACGCCUGGCAGGAGAGAGAGUAUGAUACAAACGAUGAUUAGGAUUGAUAAAGAACAGGCGUUAAAGCUUGUGAACAAGAAGAUAUCAGUGUCUGAUGACUUAACCUCGAUCGAGGCUCGUGUGCUUCCUCCUCCGACGUUGAAAUUCCUUAAUUUUUAUAAUAUCAGUGAAGAAAUAACCGUGACUCCAAAUGAGGGAAAAUGGAACAUGUUUAAAAAGAAAAUGAUCAAUGGAGCAAGUGUAACUAGAUGGACUUGUGUAAAUUUCUCAACGCUUAGCCCUAUUUCAGCCACAAAAUUCUGUCAAGAAUUGACUAAGAUGUGCAGAGAUUUAGGAAUGCAUAUCCAACAUAUUACUCAAAUCAUCUCUUAUGAUCCUGAAAAGAUUGAGGACGCACUGCGAGAGAUCCACAAAAAGACAGCUGACCUCCAACUUUUGAUUGUGAUAUUGCCUGAUAUGACUGGAUCAUAUGGAAAGAUCAAAAAGAUAUGUGAGACAGAGCUGGGCAUUGUCUCGCAGUGUAUUCGGCCAGGAACGAUACUUGAGCGACCACACUUGUUUCUCCCCUCGCUAGCCUUGAAGAUCAAUAUCAAGGCUGGGGGGAAAAACUAUGUUCUUGACAAACACAUCUCGAUGGUACAAGACACGCCAACAAUAAUCUUCGGUGCUGACGUCACGCAUCCAACAAAGGCCGAACAAUCUUCUCUCGCUGCGGUUGUUGCUUCCAUGGACUGGCCUGAGAUAAGCACAUACCGAGCAUUGGUUUCUGCUCAGACUGGAAGACGUGAAAUUAUCGAGGACCUGUAUAAGUUGGACGGCCAAGGAGAACACACUGGAAUGAUAAGGGACCAUCUCUUAGCAUUCAUUAGAAAGACAAAUCAAAGACCUGGAAGACUCAUCUUCUUCCGUGACGGGGUAGGGGAAACACAGUUUGGGGACGUGUUGCGUUUUGAGCUACAGGCUAUACGCAAAGCUUGUUCGUCUAUAGAGGAUUUUCGUCCAAAGAUAACCUUUGUGCUUGUCCAGAAAAGACACCACACGCGGUUGUUUCCUGCUCAAGCGGAUAAGAAGGAUGCUGCUACUGGCAAUGUUCUUCCAGGUACUGUAGUUGACACAGUUAUUUGUCACCCGCGCCAGUUUGAUUUCUUUUUGAACAGCCACGCAGGUGUGAUGGGUACAAACAGAUCUACCCAUUACCAUGUUCUCUUGGACGAGAACAAAUUUUCUGCUGAUGAUUUGCAAAGGCUUACUAACGACCUUUGCUACACGUUUGCCAAGACUACCAAUUCUGUCUCGCUUGUCACCCCUGUCUUCUACGCCCAUUUGGCUGCGUUUAGAGCACGCUACUACGUGGAGGAUGAAAUGUCUGCUGUGCAUCUUCCGACAGUGAAAGAUGAAGUGAAAGAGAAGAUGUACUUUUGCUAAUGUUUGGAAGGACGAGGAAAUAAAAAAACAUAGCAUAAGAUAAAUGGUGGCCGAAACUCUAUGCCCCAAAUUUUUAGUCCAAAAAAAAACUCUAUGCCCCAAAUUUCACUCUUUUUUGUUUUGUUUUCGCACCUACUGUUACAUAUGCUUUUAAUAGUAUAGAUAUGGAACAUCUACCUGUUUAUA